AUGAAGGACGGCCUGAACAUCUCGUCUCUCCCGAGUCCCAGCGAGAGGUACUCUCUCGACAAGCAACUGGGCUCCGGCAUCUUCGGCCAAGUCUACCGAGCAUCCGACACUCAGGCCGCCGGCAAAUCCGUCGCAGUCAAAGUCCAAAUAUACACGGAUGAUAUAGAGCACCACAUACAAGAAGAAUACAAAAUCCUACGGGACUUCACCAAACAUGCCAACCUGAUAGACUUCUACGGAGUAUUCUGCGAAAAAAUUGAAGGGGCCAAGAAAAUUUGGUUCGUCCUCGAGCUGUGCGAUUUCGGAUCUGUCAUCGAUAUUGUCAGGAAACUGCAAGCUACUGACAGAAAAAUGUCCGAGGAGCACAUAGCCUACAUCCUCAAAUAUACGAUCAAGGCCCUCAUUUAUUUACACGAGAACAAAGUGAUACAUCGGAACGUACGGUGCAGCAACAUAUUGAUAACUAAAGACGGAGAAGUGAAGCUUUCUGACUUUGGACUAUCGUGUAGAUUGAGAGAUCCGCUUGGAACCACUAAAGACUGUAUUGGUUCGCCGAGUUGGAUGGCCCCAGAGGUCGUUGGUGGAGACGGUUACGGAAACCGAGUUGAUGUGUGGGCUUUAGGUAUAACUACUAUUGAAAUGGCCGACGCCAAAGCACCUUUCCAAGACAUGCAUCCAACUCGAGCCUUAUUUCAAAUAUUAAGAAACCCUCCGCCAGGUUUGAUUAGACCUGCGAUGUGGUCAAACGACAUUGUUGACUUCAUAACCGAAUGCCUGGAAAAAAAUCCUGAGCAUAGACCUUUCAUUAUGGAGCUAGAAGAGCAUCCAUUCGUACAAUCUGUUCCUGAAAAUGAUUUUCAUUUAUCGACGGAACUGAAAAAAUUGGCUGUCGACCUAAAAGAUGUAGAAAUAUGUGGAAAAUCUCCAGAACGCAUAAUCAAGAAUGGCCUUCUUGUUACACAAGGGUCUAAUGAACCAGAAACCAUGCAAGUAGAGGAUCUCGCAGCCUUGGAUAAUUUGACAGAAGACAAUGUUCUAGCUGAGCUACAAACAAAACUUGUUAAAGGCUCAUUCACGUCAUUUGUUGGAGAUAUUCUAUUAAUACUAAAUCCUAACACAACUGAUGACAUUUACAACGAAACUUAUCACAAAAAAUACGAAUACAAAUCAAGAUCUGAUAAUGAACCGCACAUAUUCGCAGUAGCCGACAGCGCUUACCAAGACGCUCUUCAUCAUAAUGAACCCCAACACAUAGUAUUCUCUGGUGAAAGCAAAUCAGGAAAGACUACAAAUAUGGUUCACGCAUUAAAUCAUCUCACAUUCUUAGGAGCUAUGAAAAAUAAUACUGCUGACAGGAUCCAAAAAGCUGUGAAAGUUAUUCAAGCUGCAAUAACCGCUGCUACUCCUAUAAAUGCUCAUUCAACAAGAGCCAUUUUCCAAACUCAAGUUACAUACGGCAGCUCAGGCAAAUUAAGUGGUGCUAUUUUUUGGCUGUACCAACUUGAAAAGUGGCGCGUCUCUUCUACUGACAUGUCACACGCAAACUUUAACUUGCUAUAUUACUUCUAUGAUGCUAUGGAAGCCGAAAAUCGACUUGACACUUUCCAUUUAGUAAAGAACAGAAAACAUCGUUAUUUACGAAUACAAGAUGAACCAUCAAAAGGGCCCAAAGGUGUACGUGAAACUCCUGAAGAAAACGCAAAAUGUUACAAGGAAUUUAUCGAUAAUUUGAAAACCCUAGACUGGGAAGAAGAAGAUAUUACAAUGCUUGAAACUCUAUUGGGCGCUAUACUUGUUCUUGGAAACGUAAGAUUCAAAGAUAGCAAAAAUGGCUUAGCUGAGAUUGAAAAUCCAGAUGAGGCCAAAAAAGUUGCAAAUCUUCUAUCCAUUGAAGAAGUAAAAUUUUUAUGGGCAUUAUUAAAUUACUGUUUAAUAGAAAACGGAUCAGCUGUGAAACGGAGACAUUCUACUGAUGAAGCAAGGGACGCCCGAGAUACAUUAGCAAGUGCCUUAUAUAAAAGGCUGAUUGAUUGGAUGAUCAAUUUGAUCAAUUCAAAACUAUCUUUCAUGAGAUCUGUUUUUGGUGACAAAUUCUCAGUGAGUCUACUAGACAUGUUUGGAUUCGAAUGCUAUCACAGAAAUCGGUUGGAGCAACUUAUUGUCAACACGACAAAUGAACAGAUACAAUUUCUGUACAACCAAAGAAUAUUUGCAUGGGAGAUGCAAGAAGAGGCUGAAGAGGAAAUUCCAGCUGUGGCGUUGCAUUUCUAUGACAAUAAGAACUCUGUCGACCAGCUCAUGGGUAGACCACACGGUUUAUUUUACAUUCUGGAUGAGGCUAGUCGCACUGGCAGUGGCCAAGAAUUUAUUAUGAGUACAAUAAGGACUUCCUGCAAAGGACCUUAUAUAAAACUUUCUGGAAGCCACGAGUUUAGCGUGGCUCACUACACCGGCAAAGUCAACUAUGACGCCAGAGAAAUGGCCGAUAAGAAUAAAGACUUCCUUCCUCCAGAAAUGAUAGAAACGAUGCGAGCUUCGACGAACACGACUGUUCAACAACUGUUCCGAAACAAAUUGACUAAAACAGGCAACCUGACAGUAUCACCGGCUCAGACAAAUGUGACAGUUGUAAGGUCGAAGUCUGAGAAGGAAAUCGAGAAUGUUAAAGCCAGGAAAUACAAUACAGUAUCGAAAGGCCAGUUCUCCCAAGUCCACAGAAUGAGGACAGCAGCUGCUACAUACAGGGCCACAAGCCUGGAAAUCCUGAAACAACUUUCCAUAGGCCCAGGCAGUGGUGGGACACACUACGUGCGCUGCAUCAGAGCAGACCUAAGUGACAAUCCUAGGGGAUUCCAAACAGAAGUAGUGAGGCAGCAACUGAGGGCUCUAGCUAUCCUUGACACUGCUAAGGCUCGCCAAAACGGAUUCUCAAGUAGGGUCCCUUUUGCUGAGUUCAUUAAAAGAUACCGUUUCCUGGCAUUCGAUUUCGACGAAACUGUGGAUGAAACUAAAGACAACUGCAGAUUACUACUCAUUCGCCUCAAAAUGGAAGGAUGGGAGCUUGGCAAAACUAAAGUGUUCCUCAAAUACUAUAAUGAAGAAUUCUUAUCCAGAUUGUACGAAACACAAGUAAAGAAAAUCGUCAAAGUGCAAGCGAUGAUGCGAACAUUCUUAGCCAGAAGAAAAGCUAUCAAAAGUAAAUCGAAAAGCGACCACAUAAAAGAAUUGAAGAAACAACAAUCGAUGAACGUAACAGAAGAUGAUGCAGCACUGUUGAUACAAAAAGCUUACCGAGGCUACAUCGUCCGCAAGGCUUACGGGCCCCUCAUCAACAAAUCCACGGGGCAGAUCGAUGAGGAGACGUCAGCGUUCCUCAAGAGAUUCGCCAUGAAGUGGAAGAGUCGGUCCAUCUUCCAGGUCCUGCUGCAGUACAGAGCUGUGCGUUACCAGGACCUAGUGCAUUUCUCACAACAGGUUCACAUCUACAAUCAAGCCGUGAUAGAAGUCUUCCUAAACACCAGCACGUCCGUUCUACUGGACCGCGUGGACCCUCAGGCCAAAGGGACGGAAUUCCUCGGCUCUGGGCCACCAACUGUGUGGAAACUACCCUUCAGGAUCGAUCAACUGCAGUACUAUGAUACUACCUACAUGUGUGACCCUUCUGCUAAAAGCAACGAUACAUUCGCGAGUCAAUAUGAUUCGGACCACGAGCAGUGGGACGAGCCUCUAAAGCGUCGUUUCUCGGCGUCAGCACAAGCCGAGCCCACUAGGACCACAGCGGGCACCCAGACCCUCAUCACCGUCCCCUUCUGCCGGGACCCCACGCAACCCGUCGCCAAACUACCCCCAGAUGACACCCCAAACACCUCCCGCACUCCAUCAACUAGAGAAACCAACCGACCACAAGUGUACAAGAAGAAAACCAGCUACUCGCCCAGUUACUACCAACCGCCUGCCCCUUGGACGGCUCGGGACGACAUGAAUGUCUUGGAAAACAGUGCUCCGGUAUUGCGCAAAACAAACUUCAGUAGAAGCUUGUACGGCGUCAACGCCCCGGACAUGAACGAUCCAAUCAGAGAACUGCAAGCGUUAGCGAAAUCUACCAACGAUGUGAAUGAUGACGAUCCCCCGUUUAAUUUCCAAGCGAUGUUAAAGAAGACGCCGAGGAACAGGGCGUCGAUGAAGAGGUAUGGGGAGAAAGAUAACAAUGUUUCGGAGGAGGCUGAUAAGGUAACGAGUAGAGUUACUCCGAAACGGCAACCAUCGGGCAAGAAGUCGCCAGCACCCGCCCCACCACGGCCGAAAAGCAGAGAAUUCGUCAGAAAAGACUCCCGAGACAUGAUCACGUCAGCAGUGAAGAAGCGAGACUCCACAACUGACUUGCUAAAAGACAAUAAAAUAGAAAGUGAAAAGAUUACACUCGCUCCCGGCAUUACCAUAGAGGGCACGGUCACCGACUUAUAAAGUUUAAAAACAAACAAAUUUGUGUUUUGUAAAAAAUAUAUUUAAUUCC